GGGGAGCGGCGAAGGGAGCGGAGCGGCGGCGCCGUCCCGGCUGCAGCGGCGGCAGAGGCGAGCGGGGGCUGAAGCAUGGCGCUGUCCGUGCCGGUUAACGGGCUGAAGGAGGGCGACAAGGAGCCCGUCAUUGAGCUUUUCGUUAAGGCUGGCAGCGAUGGGGAGAGCAUAGGGAACUGUCCCUUCUCACAGAGGCUCUUCAUGAUCCUGUGGCUGAAGGGAGUCGUGUUCAGUGUCACAACAGUGGACCUGAAGAGGAAACCAGCAGACCUCCAGAACCUGGCUCCAGGCACUCACCCACCCUUCAUCACCUACAACGGGGAGGUGAGGACAGACGUGAACAAGAUUGAAGAGUUCCUGGAGGAUGUUUUGGCUCCACCCAAGUACCUGAAGCUCUCACCAAAGCACCCCGAGUCCAACACUGCUGGCAUGGACAUCUUCGCCAAGUUCUCUGCUUUCAUCAAGAACUCUCGGCCAGAAGCUAAUGAAGCCUUGGAGCGUGGCCUCCUGAAGACCCUGCAGAAGCUGGACGAGUACCUGGACUGCCCCCUGCCGGACGAGAUCGACGAGAACAGCCUGGAGGACAUCCCAGUCUCCACACGCAAGUUCCUGGACGGCAACGAGAUGACAUUAGCGGACUGCAACCUGCUGCCCAAGCUGCACAUUGUCAAGGUGGUGGCCAAAAAAUAUCGCAACUUCGAGAUCCCCAAGGAGAUGAAAGGCAUCUGGAGAUACCUGACCAAUGCUUACAGCAGGGAUGAGUUCACCAACACCUGUCCUGGAGACAAAGAGAUUGAAAUAGCUUACAGUGAUGUAGCCAAGAGACUCACCAAGUAGAGCAGCCCUGGCAGGAGGGAGCUGACUUCUCGCCCUGUCCCCUAACGCCGCUUCUAACAGACUGCUCCCUGCUGUGGCUCUGGGUUUCAUCUAAAAGUAGCAGGUUUGGGUUGGGGUUUUUGUUUUUGUCUUUCUUGCAUGAAGUUGCAGUUAUUCACAGCACUGGUGGACAGACCAGGUACAGUCAUCACCUAAGGUUUGCAAGUGACAGCCCCUGGGGGUUUGGGUCCUGGCUGGGGCUGGGGGGGGAGUUUGCUUUGUGGUGGUUUUUGUCCUUGUCUCCUUUCAGAGGGAGUUCUGAGCUGUGCAGUUAGCUUCAUACUGCCCUGGGGCUGACUCUGGAUUCUUCACCUGGCAAAGGUUUGGGCUCUGAGUGGGGUUGAGGACAUUGUCUUGCUCUAUGGUACAAGGAAUAUUUAUGUAUUUUGGAGUUUAUUGCUUUUUCCACCACCUCCCCCCCAGCCCCCUCCAGAUGUAUCCCCAGUUGUCAUCCCCCUCUGCCACAGCUGGACUGUACCUGCUCAUCUGUCCUGGUGACUUAGAAAAGGGAACUUAGCAUCCAAAAGAGCCAUUUGCAAAAGCUGUGGCAGGGCUCUGGAAGCAAAUUCCUCUGGGGCUUGGAACAGCAGCAAGGGCUGAGAAUGACCUCAGGUGUGAAAGUUGGAGCUGAGUGAGCUCAGACAGCAGAGGAGCUGGAGAGCCCUAGCAGGGAGCUGACAGCUCAGAGCUGGUCUGUAGUUGGGAAUGACCUCCAACAGCAGGAAUGGCCUCAAAGAGCAGGGAAGUCUGACUCCAGGCUUGAAGUCUGAGAGCUCUAGCAGGGAGCUGACAGUUCAGAGUUGGACUUCAGUUGGGAAUGAUCUCAGACAGGGAAGUUUGAGCACUCUAGCAGGAAGCUGACAGCCCAGAGGUAGCCUUCAGUUGGUAGUGGCUCAAACACCAGGGCAGUUUGACUCUAGAGCUUGAAGUUUGAGCACUCUAGCAGGGAGCUGACAGCUCAGAGCAGUCUUCAGUUAGGAAUGGCCUCAGACAGCAGGGGAGUUUGGCUCCAGGCUGGAGCACUCUAGCAGGAAGCUGACAGCCCAGAGGUAGCCUUCAGUUGUGUCUUGAAGAGCUGGGUGAGGUGAAACCUCCACUGCCAAGGAAAUGGGCAGCCUGCCUCUGCCCUGAGGUCAGGCUUGCUGUCAGGAUGCCCCCUGCCAUCACCAGCAGAGUUGCUGUGGUGGCCUUGCAAGUGGCUUUCUUUUGGGUAGCUUUUGUGUAGCCUUUGCUUUGUGUAGGUCUGGUGAUCCUUACUGACACAAAGAAGAACCCCAACCCUCUGUGCUGGCCUGAGCAAAGUGCACACCAGCAGGAGUGCCCUAGCUGGGGGCCAGCUGCUGGAGGCUGAGGAGCAGCAGUGCAGUGAUUGCAGUGGUGCAGGACUCCACACUCAGAGCCUUGCUGGGAACGAGUUGGAAGUGAAGGAAGCUCAAGUGGCCUUUUCAAAGACAACAUUUGCCUUAAAUCCCAGUAUGCAGUGACUGUGUAGAGGGAUUUUAUCCUCUGGGGGUGGGGGGGUUGUUUCCCUGAAAAGUAAAACCUCUCUUCAUGACUCUUGGUCAAGAAAAGCUGUGUGGAAACCCAACCCUUUGCUGCUGGAUUGAACCCUCCAGCUGCUUGUCUGUGCAACCUGCACCUCCAGAACCAUUGCACUGCUCUCCCAGACCCUCUCUGGGGUGGGGGUGGUUUGGGUCUCCUUUUUAACAGCAACACUGAGGGAAUAGCACUGCUUUUAUUUUUAAAAGGAAGAGGAAAAAGAUAAGAGGGGGGAAAAAAAAAGUCAAUUUUCAACUCUUUCUAAACCAGGGAAUAGGAAAUUUUUUGGGGGUGGGGGUGUGGGGAGGGAGCUUUUGUGGUUUUUUUCCCCUUGUUUCAGAUUACUGCAUGAAAGAAACCCUUAGGUGAUUGUUUUUUUACAAGACCAUCAUAAACCAACUCCAAAGAAUGCUUCUCUCUAUGCCUGUUAUUAUUAUUUUGUUGUUUGUAAAGAUACUUUUAUAUAUUUAACUGA